AUGCGAGGCGUUUUGGACAAGCAUGUUGCUACUCUACAACAGGGUGCGAGGCUGGUCCCCGAGAUAGACCUUGCAAAGCCCGUUGUUGGGGCUAUCAAACUGGUAUUGGAUGCCUACCAAAAGGCAUCCGAAGUCAGAGAAGAGAUGCAAACAAGCUUCGAGAACCUAGCUGAAGUAUUCGAAGAGAUAGACUUCUCUAUGCGCACGUACCCAAAGGACCAGAACAUUAUCGCGGCGUCAACCCGCUUGAUUUGCGCGAUAGUCAUAUCUGUGGAAAGCGCAAUUGCAUUUUACACAAGUCAUCAAUUCAUGAGAGCGGCGAGCGCAACCUUCUCAGGAUCAGAUUACAAAAAGCGGCUUGUUCAGAAUCUCAAUGAUGUCAAAACUUGCUGCGCAUCUCUGGAAAAGCAAUCGCAGAGAUCAUUUGCACAUCGCGUAACCAACGAAAGCGAGUAUCUCAAGCAUCAGAGUGCUCGAAUGAUGUACCAGCAGCAUGUGUCAAGUACAUCUUUAGAGCAGCUGGUUGAAAAUAGUCUGCGUUGCAAUGAGGGUUUAGCAGACUUAAAGAACAUCGUUUUAAGUCUAUUAAGCGAUCGACAGAAUGUUGUAAACGUGGGCCCGCACUCGAGAGUCCCUUCUCCGUUACCACCGCCCGUCACACCAUUGUUAGGGCCACCUCGAGAAAUCACAUCAUAUUUGCGAAUACCUCGAAUAGAUGACGAAGAUAUGCGGGAUGUAGUCGAGAACUUUGGAUUCAUAAUGCAUGGGGACAGCGGGAAGGCGCAGCAACUUCUCGAAAAUCGUCUGUUCAGCAGUUGGAUGUCGUUUCGCGGGUCGUCAAAGCUGUUGGUGCACGACAAUCUCGAACCGCCGUACGAUAUCACUUCACUUUCAGUGGUAUGUACGCUCCUGACGCACAUGCUGAGGAGGCCAGGUGGUACCAGCAUCAGUCUUGUAUUCUUUUGCGGGCGACAUCUUGCCGGGGAUGUCUACAACGGUGGCUCGGCCAUGAUUCGGUCCUUGAUCUCCCAAUUGCUGUUCCAGAGCGGCCUUUAUCCUUUUCAAUAUGAUUCGGAGUACUCCGUUGAGGAUCUUGAGCGGGACGACAUCGAAUUCCUAUGCGAUAUCUUCACUUGGCUUAUUCGACGGCUGCCUGGUAACUCAAAUGUGUUCUGUAUAAUAGACGGGAUCAGUCUUUACGAGCAGAGAUUCAUGCAAGGCAUGGACGUUGUCGUUUUGGCACUGGUAGAGCUUGUGGAGGACGACUAUGACGGGCGAGCUUCUCUCAAGUUGCUCAUUACCAGCCCACAGCCGACGUACAAGGUUAGGAAGGUAUUUGACUCGCAUCCAGCGGAGCUUCUUGAUAUGGAGGAACUACCCGUUGUAGGAGAUGGCUUGGGUCUUCUCGGUCUUGGGGAGCGAUUGGCAUCGGAUAUGGAAGUAAGGCAUGAUUUGGAUGCGGAAUAA